AUGUCGCUACGCGGUACUCCCGCUCGCAUUGGGGAGGUCUUCAAUGCGAGAUACCAAGUCAUUGGUAAACUUGGAUACGGAGCAACUUCGACGGUGUGGCUUGCGCGGGACAUGAACCGCUGUAAUUAUGUUACCCUCAAGAUAUUCAUUACAUCUACAUCUAUAGGCCAGCAAUUAGAUGGCGAGCUCAAUAUGUACAAAUGUCUGGAGCGAGGCUCAAAAUCUCAUCCUGGUCGCAAAGCUGUGGGGAUGCUUCUCGACUCUUUUGAUGUUAAUGGGCCCACGGAUGAACAUAGAUGCCUUGUACAUCCUCCCCUAUGGGAGAGUGUCUUGACCUUUCUUCGCCGCAACCCAAUUCACAGACUACCAGUUCCAGUCAUGGCUGCCGUACUAAAGUAUCUCCUUUUAGCUCUAGACUCUUUGCAUUCUAAAUGCAAGAUUAUCCACUAUGACAUCAAAUCCGACAACAUCAUGCUCGGCAUUGCUGAUGAUUCGGUUUUCGCCCAUUUUGAGGAAAGCGAGCUUCAAACACCCAGUCCGCGGAAAGAACUAGAUGAUGGUCGCAUCAUCUGCGAGUCCCGCCAACUCAGAAUGCCAAAGAACUUUGCCCCCCCAGUGUUAUGCGAUUUUGGCUUAGCCAUGCCUGGAGAUAUUGACGAGCAUUUGGAAGAUAUCCAACCAAACUUCUAUCGAGCACCAGAGGUGAUCCUCCAGAUUCCAUGGUCAUACAGCGUUGAUAUAUGGAACGCAGGCUGUGUGGCAUGGGAUAUGUUCGAAGGCGAGUUUCUUUUUACUGGACAUGAUCCGGAACUCCAGAUCUACCGAAGUAGAGCACAUCUUGCUGAGAUGAUCGCCCUUCUUGGGCCGACACCGCCUAGCCUCCUUGCUCAGGGUAGGCAGACAAGCAAAUUCUUUUCAGAGAAAGGUGAAUUUUGCGCCGGAAUCCCUUUGCAACAUCCAGUUUCACUCGAGGAGAGAGAAACCACCCUCAAGGAACAACCGGAGGACAGGGAGAAGUUUCUGUGUCUGAUGCGGAAAAUGGUGCAGUGGGAACCAGGCAAGCGAAGCUCUGCGGAGGAACUUGUUCAAGAUGAAUGGAUCCAUGCGCAUUCAUGA